AUGACUCAACUCGCCCCUCAUGAAGAGGCGGCCCCCUUUCUGCGCCUCCCAGCCGAAACCCGCCUACACAUCUACAGCUACCUGAUCCCCGAAGACCGAAUAGAGAUUGACCUAUGCACAUCACGGCGCUCGGAACUUGAACAUCACCCAGCAGACGCCCGAACGACUUCCGUCUCCUCGUCCUCAUCAGGCCGAUCUCCUCCAAGAUCAAGCACCAUCCCCACUCCCAAACGGUCCAUCAUCUCCGGCCUCGUAGCCCAAGUCAUCCAACUCGAGACCAUCACCCGCACCAACGGCCUGCACUUGCUGCUCGUGUGCCGCCGGACCCGCGACGAAGUGCGCUCCCUGCUGUCCACCCUCCCCGUGCGGUUCCACUGCCCGAAAUGCUUCGAGGAGCUGCUGCGCAACCUCUCCUUCGGGCUCGGCGUCGGCGUCAAAUGGAUGAGGCAUGUCGAGAUCGUCGUCAACUGCGGCUCCGGCCUGUUCGGGCCGCCCUUUCGACCGCUCACCGACAGUCUGGCCAAGUUCAUGGUCACCGAGACGUUGCAGGCCGCGAGGCGCACCGGCUGGCUUUACUACGGACGUCUGGAUCUGGCCGGCCGCGAGGAGUGGAAGUAUGAACCGUUGCCUGCGGAUCCGGUCGCCACUACGGCUGAGAGUCCAUCUCCGCCGACCGUCUCCGCUGGAGCACUUCAGACUCAGACUCAGAAUCAACUGCCACCAAAUGCACAGUUUCCUGUUCCUGCUGAUGAUCACAGCGUCGCUGCGGCAGGGUUGGGUGUCCAGCAGUCUAUGACCAAUGGCCUUCAGCAGCAGCGAGGUGUUCAGCCCAGGGGCCCGCCGGAGAAGUGGUUGAUUAGUGGCUGGUUCUCCAUCUGA